AUGAGCUAUGCGAGAAAAAUUGCUGUUCAUGAUGAUUACAGAAGGGGGUAUAAAAAUUCUAUAUCAAACCCACACUCAAAGAAUUGGAAGAAUAGAAACUCUGUGGCAUCAGACAAGAGCUUAGAAAUAGCGGCUGCUAAAACUGCUUUACGUAGAUACAGUAAUGAUCAUGUGCCAAACUUAAGAAAAGUUGAUAGAUCAUCGAGUGGUAGUGAAGUAUCUAGAGUGUCAACAGGUUAUCUUUCCCAUAAGAGAAUAUCUUCGGGGUAUUCGGAAUACGAGAUAAUUCAUGAAACCCCCAAAAAUGCAACAGAUAAACUUAUAAAUGCAAGUAUUCUUCAAGAUAAGCUGACCCCGUUUCAUACACAGGAAAGGAAUUUUCAAAAUCUGGAAGGAGGUCCAGUUUUUAAAGAUGUUGCAGUUAUUAAAUUCAGUGACAAUAUAUCCUAUACAGAUACUGAUAAUGGCCAAAAGAAAUUUCAGGAGAAGAAAGUGCAAUACACAGAUAAUAUUAUAGCCACAGAUGUUCAUAGACAUGAAGUAAUCCAUUUACCAAGAACUCUAAGGCAAAAUAUUCAUCCAAAUAAACUUCUCAGCUCUGAAUGUCUUGAAAUUAAAAAAUCGAAACUAGAUAAAAAUGAUCAGAAUGGUAUUUCACAAAAGGAAAGGGAAGGUACAUCUUCAUUUGCUAAGAAUAGCAUAGUUAGUAAACAGCAUAAUCGUGACACCUUCAUUUAUGAUAGGAAUGUUGAUAAUAAUAAGGCAAUUGUGGACGAUAAAAUUCAGUUUGCAAAUAGAUAUUCUUUGGAGCUAAUAUUAAAUAAGAUAGAGGUCGAAAAGCAAGAAUUGAUUAGUGAACAUAAAAGUAAAAUAGACACAUCAAGGGCACUUCUGACAUCUCAGGGCGAUUUUAUUCAAAGAUGGAGCACAUCGCAUGAGCAUGAUCUCGAAUUUUUGAUCAAUGAUCCUCAUUCAGACGAUAUUUUGGGUGAGAAGAAAAUCGUUGCAUUGAAGGAAUAUGAUAUGAGUCGGAAAAAUGACAUUAGACAGCUUGUGUCGAAUUUAGCAAGUAAAACAGAGGAGCUCAACAAUAUACUAACUGUAAAAGAAAACCGACUGCGAAUUCUUGAAGAAAAUACUAAAGCCAAUGAUAAUGCUAAGUCACUGAUUGCAAGUGAGCUAGCAUCGCAUAGGAACAUGGUAGAUUAUUUAGAAAAGAAAUGUGCACAAUACACAAAUCAUUUAUCCCACAUUAAUGAAAGUCCCAAUGAUACGUUAGAUAAUUUUCAUAAAGAUGAAUAUGCUUUGCUCAAAAGUGAUUUAUUUCGGAGGAAGAAACUAAUACAUGAUCUCGAAGAUCAAUUGACAGCGUACAGCUUGAAAGAGGAAGAAUACGCAGAAUCAAAAAAUACCCUGGCCUGCCAAUUGGAAGAGCAGAAAUUUUUGCUAGAGAAAAUUAGGAAAGACUUCAGCGCUACAAAUUCAGCGUUUGCAACUAAACCUCUUGCAGAUGCAGAAAAACAUUUGAUGAUACGUUCAGUAAAUGGCAUUAAUGACCCAUUAAGAAUGGGUGCAAUUACCGAAAGCGGCUUAAGUGGAUCGAAACCAGCUGUUGUUACAUCUAUCUCAGAUAACCGCCCUAAUAAAUCCAGCUUCAUUGACAGACUUCUCAUAGGUAAAAAUGCAGCUCUAAAAUAUCGUAAAAAACAGUUGUCAAUAGUAAAGAGAAAAGCUUCUAAUACAUUAACAAACCUGAGGAACUCCUGUGACAAACCUGAAAUCUCUGAGCCGAUUGUGCCAAUAGAGAUGGAAGAGGUGUCUGGGGGUGCACCAAUGAGGCUAAUUUCGUUGACUGAUGCUAAAGUAAUGCAUGGAAAUCUUUCUAGAGGCAUUCCGAUUUUGGAUAAAGGUAUUAAUACGAUCAGUGAAGGAUAUGCGAACCCUACUCUAACUCAACCUCGCGCAAGAGAAAGCUUUUUUGAAGAAAUGUUUUAG